AUGUCCAAACCCCAAGUCAGCCAGCCAGCGACGAGCACGACGGGCUUCUUCCAGCCCACCCCCGUGGUCCAGAACCAGUGGGAGGAGGAUGCCGCCCUCCGCCGCGCUUCCGCUCUCUUCGUCCCUCCCUCCGUCCUCAGCAAGGUCUCGUCGGAACUUUCAAAGCUUGGCGCCGAGGUGCUCACGCCCGAGAUCCUCGCCCAUGUCACGAAUGCAGAGAAGAACCCGCCCUACAUCGACGGAGACGGAUUCAACUCGUUCGGAGUGCCGAAGGACAGUGCUGCGCUCGUCACAUCUCCGGGCUGGAAGGCACUACAGGACUUCGGCCUCGAGAACGGUGUCGUGGCCACGGGAUACGCCAAGGAUCUGGCUGGGAGCGCGCGUGUCGUCCAGGUUAUCAAGAUCCACCUCUGGGGCGCAUCGAGCGCCAUGGUCGUCUGCCCCUCUGGUAUGCAGGACGGCGCGACGAGUGUCCUGAUCGCCGAACUCUCCAGGCCGCCCCCCUCUUCGCUUCCAAAGGAGAUGGUCGACACCCGCACGAAAGUGUUCAAGAAGGCCCUGUCUCAUCUCCUCGACACCAACCCCAAGAACGCCUGGACAUCAGGCCAGUGGAUGACCGAGCGCCGGGGCGGAUCCGACGUCAGCGGAACCGAGACCUUCGCCAAGUGGGUCGGGCUCGACGACCGGACCGACGCCGACGGCCUCCCUCUCGGACCCUACAGCAUCAGCGGCUUCAAGUGGUUCUCCAGUGCGACGGAUUGCGGCUGCGCCCUCGUCCUGGCAUGGACCGAGAAGGGCCUUUCGUGCUUCUUCGCCCCGACGCGCGUGCAGGGCGGCGCGAUGAACGGCAUCAAGAUCCAGCGCCUCAAGAACAAGCUCGGCACCAAGGCGCUCCCCACGGCAGAGCUCGAGAUCAAGGGCAUGCGCGCCUGGCUCGUGGGCGAGGAGGGCCGCGGUGUCUCCGUCAUCGCGACGGUGCUCAACGUGACGCGGUUCCACAACGCUGCCCGUGGAGUCGGAUUCCUCGGCCGAGGGCUGGGUAUCGCCCGCGCCUUCUCUCGCGUACGCACCUUCCCCAAGACGGGGGCAGCACUCAAGACCAUCCCCCUGUUCAACAAGACGCUCGCGGCCACGACACUGAGGUAUCGCGCCGACACGCUGCUCACGUUCUUCCUCGCUGCGCUCCUCGGCAGCGUCCAGGCGCAGGCACCCAACCCGCUCGUUCCCGAAGGACAGGACGCCGAACUCCUCCUGCGUAUCCUUACCUCCGUCGCCAAGGCGUACACGACGAAACACGGCAUCCACGGCCUGCAGGAGUGCAUGGAGGCGCUCGGCGGAGUGGGAUACCUCGAGAACUUUGAGACGCCCGAAAUCAACGUCGCGCGUAUCUUCCGUGACGCCAAUGUCUUCUCCAUCUGGGAGGGCACGACCGACGUCCUCGCGACGGAUACGGUCAAGUGUCUCACUGGCCGACAGGGAGCGGACGUGACGGCCGCGCUGGACCGAUGGAUCAACACCACUCUCGGAGGCGUCAAGGGCUUUGACGAGGAGAAGAAGGAGAUCAAGAGCCAGUGGGAGCAGUUCAAGAACUUGCCGAAGGAGAAGGAGGAGCUCCUCUCCCUGUCUCGGUACGUGUACCACUCUCUCGGCGACAUUGUCUGCGCCGUCUUGCUGCUCGCCGACGCGCAGAGGGACGGCGACGCCGUCGCAGCCGAGUGCGCGCGGAGAUUCGUCGCGGGUACGCUCAAGGGCGAGAAGAGGCAAGGCGGCGACUGGAAGGAGGUCAGCAAGUGGGACCAUAGGAUCGCGUUUGAUGGCGAGACGCAGCAGAGCGCCAAGUUGUAA